AUGGCUGAGAUGCCUGUACCUAGCCCUCGUCGACGAGCCCAGACUCCACCAUCAAGUCAACAAACGGAGGUGACCAAGAUUAAACUCGAAUCAAGUCCCGAAAAAGGUGAUAUCUGCGAUUCUCAAGCACCAAGGCUCGAAGACCAGCCUAUGCCCGUCCUAUCAGCCAAGAAGGAUGCUGCAGGCAGCGCUUCUCCCAGCAGGCCAGCGCUCUCCCCACGCCGCAUGUCGAUCUCGGACCUGCAUCUAGAGCCCGGUAUCGAGGCAUCAAUCGAAGAGACCAACAUCACCCUCGACGACAUCGCGCAAUAUAUCGAGGGCCCCGAUCCAGUGGACAACAAGUGGGUUUGCAAGUUUGAUGACUGCAACAAGAAGUUCGGUCGAAAAGAGAACAUCAAGUCGCACGUCCAGACUCAUCUUGGUGAUCGCCAAUUCAGAUGUGACCACUGCAAGAAGUGUUUCGUUCGAGGCCAUGACCUGAAACGCCACGCCAAGAUCCAUACCGGUAGCAAGCCCUAUCCCUGUCUCUGUGGAAAUUCAUUCGCUCGUCAUGACGCCUUGACGAGGCAUCGACAGAGGGGAAUGUGCAUUGGUGCUUUCGAGGGGGUCGUCAAGAAGGUGAUUAAGCGAGGGCGGCCAAGGAAACACCGGCCAGAGAUGGACGAGCGCCUUGACAAGGCGAGUCGAACCAGGAAGAACAACAGCGAGCCACAACAGGACUAUUAUGCAUCUUCGGCGUCGAGCUGUUCCAUCUCUAGUUGGGGCUCACCACCAACAGAGACCAUGGACAAUCUCAGCAUCCGUGGGAGCUCACCAUUUGAGUCCAUGGGUCUUUUCAGCAUGCCACAGCACAAUCCUUUGGCCAUGGAUCAGGUGAUGGGCUUCCCCCCGGACACAUUCUCGUUUACUCCACCACACAGCCCGGGCUACUCAACAGGAAACAAACCCAGCCCAUCCUACCGCGAGCUGACGCCUGCUGAGCUAGCCGAAGUGUCGAGCAUGCUGCCUGAUCUCCCUGAGAUGGAUCAAGCUCUACCUCUGGUGGCGACAGGUCUCGGGGGCUUUACCGAGCAUGAUCUCCCAGGUCUAUCGCAUUCGAGCUCGUCGCCUGCAGCCGACGCUGUGGCGUUCGACUUCUCAGACCUGCCUCCUCAUACCUCCGGGGGGUUGCAAGCACCACAACUCCCCAUGAAGCUUGAGCAGCAUGAGAGAAACGAUUUUGACAACUUCCUGGAUUAUGGCAACCUCGAACUGAUCGACCCGACGACGGCGCAAGACUUCUUCAUGUGA